AUGACGAUGCUGACCGAGCCAAUCCACACUCACCAAACCACUUCUGCUGAUGUUGCUGUUGUGAACUACAAGGAGACUCUGAUUCGCGGCCAUGUGUCCGACAAUAAUCAAGCCGUCUGCAGCGACGCGUCAUUGGCGGCACUAAAUGCCUCGCUUCGCAAGGUUGGCAAGGUCACGUUGUGGGUCGAUCGCGACCGUGGUUGUCUCUUGGUGGGACAUCCCUCGGUGGAAGAUGCCGUCAUGUUUUCGCGUGCCAUGAACUGGCACGUCUUUCCCCACCAAGGUGCCUAUUGCAUGGGACGCGACAUGGAUUCGGUCGUUCAGAACCUCGAUUGGAAAUACCGUUAUCCCGAUUCAUUCUACCACUUGCUCAUGUAUGUGGCGGUCGGUAAGGUGUUUUACGAUGAUGUUCAAUCGCACAAAUGGCAAGUGGCGGAAUGUAUGAAGCUCCGCGUGGGACAGUUUGAGGAGGGAUAUGGACGAGAGACCUUUGUGGCAUGGAUGCGCCGUCAGAUGGAACGACUCGAAACAUACAGCAGCAUUCCUGUAGAUUCGGCUUUGUACUAUGUCAUGGAUGACACGGAGUCUUCCACUUCCUUUGAGUCAUCGUUGGGGAUCACUCUCUGUGAGGACCAACUCCGAGGAAACAAGAACGCUGUUGUGGAGGAGGACAAGACACUCUUUGAGACAUUCGAACGGUUUGCCAUCAGUGACAGCUUUGAGUCCGCCGCGUCGGAAAUAAGCGUUUCGGCUUCUGUGUCUGAUACAAAUUCGGCUUCUUCGGCUUGUGCUUCACUUCCAGCCAACUUCUGA